AUGGCGGCCGAAGUACAAUCUCUGCAGCCCCUUAAGCUGGCUGCUGGCCCCGAGGCCAUAACAGCCGACCAACGCUACUGGAAAGGAUUCAGAUCACAACAACUGGUGCCCUCGCCGCAUUCAAAUCCCAUCACGCACAUCUCGUUUCCUCCAUUGCCUACAAACCCGCUCGUUACGCCGCCUUCGGACACUUUCGCCGUCACUUCUGGAAGCAGAGUCCAGAUCUUCUCGUCAAAAACACGCAAACUUCUAAAGACCAUCACAAGAUUCGGAUACGAUGAUAUUGCGCAUUCGGGAGAGAUCCGUCGCGAUGGACGUGUGCUUGUUGCAGGUGGAGACAGUGGUGCUAUUCAAGCAUUUGAUACUGGAUCAAGAGCUAUUUUGAAGACAUGGAAGGAACACAAGCAGCCCGUCUGGGUCACAAAAUGGAACCCGAACGACCUCACCUCUAUCAUGAGUUGUAGUGACGACAAGACUGUCAGACUGUGGGACCUGCCCAGCGAGUCCAGCAUCGCGACUUUCUCAGGGCAUCAGGAUUAUGUCCGAAGCGGUGCCUUCAUGCCUGGUCAGAGCAGCAACCUGCUUGUCUCUGGUAGUUACGACCAGACUGUUCGUCUGUGGGAUUCCAGAGCACCCAAGCGUGCUGUCAUGACCUUCAAGCACGCUGCUGCCAUCGAGAGCGUCCUUCCCAUGCCCUCAGGAACACAGGUGCUUGCAUCUGCCGACAAUCAGAUCAGCGUUCUGGAUCUGGUCGCUGGAAAGCCUCUGCAUCUGAUCAAGAACCACCAGAAGACCGUCACAUCGCUCUGCUUGGCAAACAAUGGAGAAAGACUUGUCAGUGGUGGUCUGGACGGACACGUCAAGGUCUUUGAGACCUCAGCAUGGAAUGUCGUGGCUGGCUUCAAGUACCCUAGCCCUGUUCUUUCGCUGAGCGUUGUCGGAGCUGGUGCCACCAGGGAAGACAGACACCUCGCAGUUGGUAUGCAGUCUGGUCUGCUAUCGGUCCGUACCCGUCUAUCAGGAGAACAGAAGGCAGCAGCAAGAGAAAAGGAGAAGGAGAUGCAAGCCCUGGUUGCCGGUACCAUCGAGGAGUACGACAGAAAGAAGGCCAAGAAGCUUCGACAAGGCGACAAGAAGGCUCUGCGUGGUCGUGACUUUACUGGAGAGGGUGCAGAUAUCGUCAUCGAUGGCAAUGCGCGUGGAAACAUCAGAAACCAGUCAAAGUGGGAGUCUGCUCUACGAAACGGCAAAUACGCUCUGGCCGUUGACAUGGUUCUCGGAGCUACCAAAUUCUACAACCCCAACAUGCUCACUCUCCUCACUGCUCUGCGCCACAGGUCCGCCAUGCGCACCGCCUUCAAGGGCCGUGAUGAAACAUCUCUCCAGCCCAUCCUCCGCUGGGUCAUCAAGUACAUUGGUCAUCCUCGUUACAUCAAGCUCACCAGCGACGUCGCUAUGCUACUCCUUGAUCUUUACUCAGAGCAGACCAUGGACUCACCAGAGAUCGACGACCUUCUAGCCCAGCUUCACCGCAAGGUCAGACACUGCUCAGAGUUGGCACAAGCAGCAUACUCGACUCAGGGUAUGCUUGACUUGCUUGUCUCCGGGGCAUGA